AUGAAUAGCAAAAACGAGAAGACGUGUCGCAGUGACGGCGAGUGUGCCAGUGACCGGUUCUGUCUGGGCGGAGUGUGUUUCGACCCGUGCACCAUUCUCGAUCCGUGCAACAACUCACUGAAGAACGGUGUGUGUCGCACGCGCAACCACCGGCCGGUCUGCAGCUGCCCGCCCGGCUUCAGCUUCCAGGCAGAGUCCAACGCCUGCGUCAAAGUGGGCUGCGAGGAUGAGGGCGGCGCCAUUGUGGACGUCGGUGAGCGGGUGUUCCGUAAGGAUUGCCAGGAGACGUGCGUUUGUAGCCCCGGCGGCAAGUUCAACUGCACGCCAACCGCCUGUCCGCCAGGCUACUACCGGACGGGAACGUUCCGGAAUGAUCCCGAGUGUACCGAGCUGCGAGGCUCGGCCAUCGCCGGCGGCUGCUGCGUCAACGUCGUCUGCUCGGGACUGGAGAGCCCCAGUGCCGACGGCGUCGCCACCGACGCGUCGACCGCGGAGGAGGAGAGCAGUUCGACUACCGGGGUGUGCUCUUCUGUGCUGUGCGGCCCGGGUGCGGCCUGUGACCGAGGCCUCUGCGCCUGCCGUCCCGGCCGCUCUGGUGACCCCAAUGACCUCGUAUUCGGCUGUGCGGUCACUCCAGGAGAAUCAACCACGACGACCGAGGCAACCACAACUACAACCACCACCACUGAACCAAGUACAGCAACCACUUCUACCACCACGACCACUACCACUGAGCCACCCACCACCACCACCACCACCGCCCCACCAACCACCACCACCACAGCGGCUCCUCCCAUCGCCACGCUGGACAUGCUUCCUCUGGACAUCACGCAUAACACGACCACCCUGCAGCUGCCGGCGGCUGGAGGUCAGCUCAGUUACCGAGCUGCCGGCCGGGCCAGUCAGGAGGUGCCGCUGGAGGCUAGUCGACGAGUGGUGACUGUGGGCAGGUUACAGCCGGGCACCAGUUAUACCUUCAGGUGGCAGGGAGACGCCGGGACGAAGACGCUUACUGUGAACACCAGACCCGGCUGCGUGACCAACACCAGCUCUCACGCCAUCGGCGAGACGUACCACAUGGGCUGCCAGUCGACCUGCGUCUGCGGUGGUCCCAACCAGCCGUCCUGCCGGCCGCGCUGCUCCUUCACCCGUGGCACCGUCACCGACCUCUCCUGCUCCGAGCGACCUGACCUCGAUGACCCCGAGUGCUGCGUUCAGCUGGUGUGCGCCGUCACCAGCACAGGAGGUCGGAUUGUGGACGACCUACUGGAGUCCAUCACUUCAAAGGUGACAACUCCGGAGCCUACAACUACAACGACAACCACCACAACGACGACUACAACGACCACUGAGUCGGCCGUCGGUGUCGAGAGCAGCGACCCGGGCGCUCCUGCCGCCCUCACGGCCGCCGAUCAGCAGCCCAAACCGACCCUGAUCGUCACCACCAAGUCCUACAACUCGGCCACACUGGCCUGGGACGACUUCAAGCCGCCGGCGUACGCGCGCGGCUACGUGGCGCAGUACCGGCGCACGAGCGGCGGAGAGUGGCGCAGGCAGGAGCUGCCGCCACAGCCGGGUCAGAGUGUGCCGCUGAUGAAGAUUGGUGACCUGGUGCCACGCACGGAGUACGAGGCCAGAGUGGCGAUCUACGAUAGCCGUGAUCAGGAUACGCUCGGGGAUACCACAGAGACCAUCCGGUUUGUCACAGAUGACGGCUGUGUCGACGGCAACAGCACCUACCCAGUCGGAGGUCAGUUUUACCGCGAGUGUGAGGAGACCUGCUUCUGUGAGCUACGCGGCAAGGUACGCUGCGUGCCGCGCUGCCAGAGACCCAUGUUCCGUCAGGGCGCCUUCAAAGACGACCCGCUCUGCUUCGAGAAGAAGAUGGACGAGUGCUGUGUCAUCGUGGCCUGCAGCUCCGAGGCCCAGGAUGUGGACGCCGUGGUGGAAGCUGACGGCUCGGACCCGUGUGACUCGGUGCUCUGCGACGAAAACUACGUGUGCGAGGUGAUGACGAAGGAGGCCAGUGACGUCAAGGCCGGUGACGUCACCGCUGUGGCCAUGUGCGUGUGUCCGCCCGGCUUCAGAGAGGAGAAGAGGGCCGGAUUCAAGGCGUGCAGACCCGAGACAAAGACGACGCCGGCGGCGGUGCCGCAGACGGGUUGUACGUACGGUAACGCCACGUACCGACCCGGGGACGAGUUUUUCGACGGCUGCGAGUUCCGCUGCAUGUGCAACAGCGACGAGGAGGUCGAGUGCAAGGCGCGUUGUGCCAGCGAGCCGGACCCCGAGGCGAGUCUGUCUGCCGGCUGCCGCGUGAUGACCGACCCUGCUGACAGCUGCUGCAAGAAGACCGUCUGUGACACGGACACCACUACUGAAUCAGCUAUCGGUGCCACCACGGUGCCCUCUUCUGAGCUGGCCUGUGAAGCCGACGGGCAACAGUACGCCGUCAACAGCACAUUUGAGCGCGGCUGCGACACCUGCCUUUGUCAGGAGGGUGGCGAGCUCUCCUGCAAGUCCAGGUGCGCGCCUCAGGAGCCGCUGGAGGGCGCCUCGUGUACUACCCGCCCGGACCCUUCCGACCCGUGCUGUACCAUCACGGUCUGUACACCCUCCGAAACCACCACUGAGUCUGCCGAGAUCCUGGCCGGAGUGCAGCCGCGGCUCGGCGCCGGCCGCCGAGAGAAGGCCACUCCUCUGAGGAUCACCGAGCUGCGUCCUCUAACAGCGGACAGCUCGGAGCUGAAACUGCUCAUCUCCGACGCAGUGCUGGACAGUAUCCUCUCCGCCAACACCCAGCCACUCAUUGUGGAAUGGCGGUAUGACGACUCGAGCCGCUGGCAGGCGGCCGAGGUGGGGGUCGACGAGUUCUCCGUCGAGUCCCUGGACACACUGGUGAUGAAGGUGGAGGGCCUGCAGAGGCCGCGGCAGGCGCGCGUCCGCGUCAGCUACGCCGGCGAGACGAGUGCCGUGGUGCGCGGAGGGGACGUGGUGCCGACGGAUGCCACACUUCCGCCGCCCAUAGAGGCGGAGACCACCACGGAAGCACCGCCCGCGCCGCCUGCACUGCCCGCACGGCCUGCACCUGCGUCCACCUCGGAGUCUGCACCCUCGACGACGGCUUCUCCCUCUACGUCAAGUACUUCAACUCCUACAAACGAGUCUCCAUCUUCAACAACACUUUCUACAACUACAUCAACGUCGCCUCCAACAAGCUCUACCACAGCGCCUUCCACACCGGCUCUGCCGGUCGGGGACUCGUGUGCCGACGGGAACGACACCCGCGCCGCCGGCGAGGUGUUCUUCCGCGGCUGUGAGGAGCGCUGCGUCUGCUUCCCGGGUGGUGAGCUGUUCUGUCUGCCGCGCUGCCCCGAGGUGACGAUACCCGAGGACCCCGGCUGUAUUCUGGUGCAGGACACGAAAGACGCCUGCUGCUGGGUGAAGAGCUGCCAGAAGGAAGUAAAGGAGGAGAUCACGCAUCUGGCAGCGCCUAUCAUGUUGAGAGAGGAACAGAAGAGCCAGGGUGAGAGCGAGGCGGGCGCUGGAGAAACGACGACAAUGGCGACGGCGACAGAGGAGACGACAGAAACGACGGAGAAAGAUCCGAUGGUUGUGGUGGCAGAGAUGGAGAAGGCCAGUUUUGAGGCGGUGGUUGGGGAGAAGGAGGACCUCUCUCAGUCUGAGACUAGCACGACUGAAGCAUCCAGCUCGGAUGUGACCGAUGAGGAUGAACUGAACGAAAUAAACGUGGCUAGUGCACCCGCCGCUGGAACGGCUAAAGCGAAAUCAAGUGAGAAAACCGACACGAAGGCUGUGAAGGAUGCUGACUCUGCUACAAACACAAUUGAUUCACCACCUUCAGCUACGGAGGCAACUACGUCAAAGCCGACUCAGACCGAGACAUCACGGGAUGGGGUCACCACCGGUCCUGCUGAGACCUCCACCUUCGCCAGUACACUGGUGUCCCAGGUGCCGUCCAAACCUCCUACAGCAGCCGGUUCCGCAGAAGAGCGAACCACCACCUCCUCACUAGAAACCACGGAGGCAGCACAGGAUACUCCGUCAACUACCGAUAUUUCCAACGUGAUCGAGAUCAACCUCACCGGCCUCAGCGGAGGACUGGAUGAGGAAGAGGUGAAGGCCCUCAAUAACGCUAUCGUAGAGGCGAUGGAGGAUGAAAUCGCUACAGAAAAGCCAGCGGCGUCCGAGGCUCCCACGAUUCAGCCGACCACGGAGAGGAGUGGGGAGGUCGAGUCCCUAGAGGUCACCGCUACUGAGUCGUAUGACGAUCUGCUGGCGACCGGUUCAUCCAUGGAGACCACGACUGUGACCAUGGACGGCGCGACCAUUGGUCCGACCGAGCCGACAGUGAGUGAGGAGACCAAGUCCCAAGCGGGAGAGGAAGUGGAGAGCUUGUCUGAGAGCGUGGGUGCCGUGGAAAGCACGACCAUAGAGACUCCCGUGACAGAAGGGUCUGAGGAGGCUGUGACAGAGGCGCCGGCUGUUUCGACCGAGUCGUCAGUCAGCAGUGAAGGACUGGAUGUUGUUAGGGAGGAGUUCAAAGACGAGUUGCUGAGUGAGAGUGACGCUUUGACGUUGAACUCUACCGAGCCACCUGAGGAGAUAGCUCUAGAUGGAGCAGCCUCCGGCCCUCCAGGAUCGGAAACCACCACCGAUCAAAUCACCGACCAAACGACAGACUCACCAGUGCAGCCGGUCAGCAGCACCAUCACCACCCGGGCCGCCGUCACCAGCACCACUCCGCGAACGGUGCCCACCACUCGGCGCAUCACGGGCCUCAUCACAUUCGCCCCGAUCCCCGGCGAGGAGCCCUCGAGCACCCCGCGACCUGCCGAGCCCACGGAGGCGCCGCGGCCCGGCGGCCUGGCUCCCUCCGUCGGUAUCGUGGCUGUGAAGAAGAUCCCCACUCUGAUCCGCGUGAUGACCGUGCAGACCUCGGCCACGGUGGCUGCCGACGUGCAGCCGCUGCCCUCGGAGGCGCCUGCGCGCGACACAUCUCCUCUCGGGGGCGUGGAGGCGCGGCGCGGGCAGGCGAGGAUUUCGGCGGAGGAGCAGGAGCCUGAGAUUCAGCUCACCGGUCUGAGCCCAGCGCUGUUCGCCGCCGGUCUGGGACUGGAAGAGGAGCGAUCAGCGACGGAGCGAGGAUCAGACUUUCUCGGUGAGACGGUGCCGGUGGCUGCGGCCGCGGCACUGGAGUCCACACCGGCUCCAGAAGUGACCACGCUGCGCCCCGAAGGCUGUCUCCACGACGGAAAGCUGUACAAGGUCGGCGACGAGUUCCACGACGGCUGCCGCCAGUUCUGUAUCUGCGGCCAGGCCGGUAAGAUGUGCGCGCCGAUCCGCUGCCCGGUAAGGUUCGGCCUGGAUCUGCUCAACCCCGACUGUCUGGAGUGGGAGGUGCCGCGCGACCCCAGCCGCCAGCCGCCCGACUGCUGCGGAGAGGCCGUCUGCAAGGACGACGGCCACUGCAUCUACCAGGGCCAGAAGUUCCGAAACCAGUACGAGAUCCCUCAGAACCUGACUGGCUGCCACCAGCGCUGCUACUGCGAGUUCGGAGAGGUCAACUGCCAGCCCGACUGCCCGGCGGUGCCCGACGCGCCUCCCGCCGGUCUGCCCUGUCCGCCCGAGCAGACGGAGCUGGUCACCGGACCCAACGGCUGCUGCCAGUUCUGGCAGUGUGCAAAGAUAGAGGGCAUCCUCUCUGACGUCACCACCGCCGCCACCGCCGGCGAGAUCACGCCCAACACGGGCGUACUCGGCUCGACUCCUGAGCAGGACGCCGGCCAAGUGACCACUACUGAGCGUCCGGAGGUCGAGGAACCGCCUCUGAUAGCCGCUGUCACCGUGCGGCCUCUGGGGUCGCAGCCUAAACCUGUGGAUGAUGAAACAGCAAAACAAUCAGGCGGGAGCACCGCUGCGACCCCGCCUCCAGACGCCACUGAGCCGGAGACAGACGCACCGCAGACUGAGGAGCCGACCACAGAGCGGCCGAGGCCAGCGCGACCCUCCGGACCGAUACACUUCCCCGACCAGCCGUUCCGACCCCGACCGCCGAUCACGAGCCGUCCAACGCGACCGGCGCGACCGAUCCACUUCCCCACCAGCCCGGACCGGACGACGGAGCGGCCGCCCUUCGGUGCCGACCUGGACGACGAAACGCUCAUUAAGGAGCUCCUGGCCUCGGUAUCCUCCUCUCCGAACUUCCCCGUCAGUCGACGUAAAGAACCACCGGUAACGACCACAACCACGGCGGAACCGGAGCCCACACUGCCCACUGUUCUGAUGCUGGAGAAUGUGGUGGUGGAUGCGGCCGACCCCAGCUCCAUCCACAUCAACUUCACGCUGCCGCCGCAGUUCGUCGGCCUGGCCGGAAAAGCAGAGGUGCUCUACACGGACAACACUGGCCUAUUUGACAGCGAGGGUAACCUGUCCAGCUGGGACCGGCGCAUGUUCGUCACUCCCAGCGGCCGUCUGACCGCCUCCGAGUACAGCUGGACCCUGGGAGACCUGGCACCCGAUACUGAGUACCUGCUCCAGGCCAGGGUGACCUUUGACGAGGGCACUACCGACCUGCAGGGAGGUCUCCACGAGGUCCGCACGCUACCCCUGCCCUCACCGGGCACCACGCUGCCGCCCAAGGUGGCGCUGGACGCCGCUCUGGUGGCCACGGACAUAAACACCACCUGGGCCAAAAUCGGCUGGAGACGGCUCAACGAGACAGAGCUCAAGUACAUCGACGGCAUCCAGCUGCGCUACAGGGAUGUCGACGUCGACGCACAGGUGUGGACGAUGACGCCGUUCAUCCACCGGGAGCUGACGCAGUACGAGCUGACCGAGCUGAAGCCCGGCACCGGCUACGAGGUCGACAUCGUGCUGAUGCCCUUCCAGGACAAGAACACGGAGCUGGUGUCGGAGCGGCCGCUGCGUAUCCGCACUCUGCCCGUCGUCGACCCGUACGACUUCAACCUGACUCUGACACUGGCCGAGGUGAAGCCGAGCUCUGUGCGAGUCGAGUGGUCCGGCAUCCCGGACCCGCAGUACAAGUACGUCAACGUCUACCGCAUCGUCUACAUCUACGAGAAGGAGCGUGAGGAGAAGCACACCUUCAAGCUGGCCAAGACCUCCGACCAGCCCUCGCUGCUUCUCAAGGGACUCAAACCCAGCAGCAAGUACCAAGUGUGGCUGGAGGCAUACCUAAAGAACGGCAAGAAGCGGGUCUCGGAGGUGCAGGAGUUUGUCACAAAGCUAGGCGAGAUCGGAAAGGCCGAGGAGAUCAAGGGAGAUGAAAACGAGCCGGACCAGACGCAGUUGGCCGGCGCUGCCAGCUACUACAGCGGGAUGGUGGUGGCAGCCAUUAUCGCCGCGCUGGCCAUCCUGCUGGCCAUCAUCUGCGCCGUGUGCCUCGUCAGAAAGUCUAGCCACGCCAAGGCGCCCAUCACGCCCGCGAGGAAGAACGGGCCCAGCUACGAGAACCCGGCGUUUAAGCCGUCCAACUCUUUCGAGGCGAUUCGCCGAGAGACUAGCGACCUGUAGCGACGUACCUGACAUCUACCGGUCAUCGCAGUAGGUUCGAGGAGCUCGCGCUCGCCUCUCUUGCCUGUCUCGCUCGGCUUUUGUCGCUUUGUCUGUCUGUCUGUCUGUUGUCCGGUCAUUGUCAGUGGCUUAGCAUAGCAUAGCAUAGCAAAGCAUAGCAUAGCAUUUUUCGUGGUCCGUCCAGGUCGGUUUCAGAUGGAACAGCGAGGUACUCUUUCCUGGCAUACAAGCAUGCAAGUCUUCUCUUCGGACCGGCUGCAUGCUCUUGCGCACGAC